ACACUGUUACCUUCCUGCGGUGUCUCGGAUUAAAUUAGCUUAAAUUAUUUUUAUACUCAGCGUUUUGUCAAAAUCAUGAAGCCCAAGAUAGAGGAUUUAAGAUGGCAGCUAUCCGAAAAUAAUGACAUCAUUUCUACGUCAUAUGACGUCAGCGUCUAAAGUUACAGACUUUAAAGGAAAUAUUUUUGGACGUGCUAUACAUCCUACAAAUGCAAGUUUAAUUGCAAAAGCUUCAAUACGUUGAUAGGUACGAAAUUUGGGCCUAAACAGCUCCGUCCCUACGCUUUCAGAAAGACAGCAAAAGACCCUACCUGAAUAAGAUUUUAAAUAAAAGCAGUCUUUCCAGUGUCCUUGUUAAAAGAGAAGAGAGUUUUAUGCGUCUAAAUAACGUGGCGACUUAGGCAUCGUUUCUUAUUGCAGGUUACAAGUAUGGGGCUUGGAGCGAGUCACUGCACGGGUGUCUGGGCCCCUACAGAGGUAUCCAUAACGACUAUGGUAAUAGCCAUCAUUUUUGUGAUUGCCACAGUACCUGGAAACCUGAUGGUCAUCUUGGCGGUUCUGCUCGAUCCAAACAAAAAUCUUCGGAGUCCAUUUACUCUGUUAAUCGCCAACCUUGCUGUGACAGAUCUUAUAGUUGGGGCCUUGGUAGAGCCCCUGUCCAUAAAUACACAUUAUCGAGAGGCCCAGGGUUUAUCCAUUAGCAUGUCAUGGUUCUCCCAAUCUGUGUAUUUUCUGUGCUGUACAGCGUCUUUGCUUAGUCUGGCAGCGCUAACCGUUGAUCGUUACCUCGCGAUUACUAAGCCUUUGUGGUACAGAGCUAACACGAGUUACUUGCGAGUUGGCAUAGCCGCAUCUUUGGUCUGGAUCUUUUCCUCUUGUUUCACUUCGCUUUUCUUCUUCGUUGGCUUUGUGGCCUACGCUUUUGUCUUUGCCAACAUUACAAUGUUCUGUACCAUCUUCAUUUUCUUUUUCUCCUACAUUCGUAUUUUCCAAUACGCCAAAAACCAAAUUGCUCAAAUUGACCAAAUGCAUGACAGCCAAAGUGAGCAGAACAAAGCACGUCAGCGAGCUAUUGUGAUGGAAAACAAGCUCACUAAAACCUAUUUGAUCAUGUUGGCUGUCUUUCUGUCCUGUUAUAUUCCCUCCUGCAUCAUGAUUUACCUCAUGAAUCUCUGUCAUACCUGCAGCUGUGAGCUGAUUCACUGGCUGAGAGAUUUUCAUUUUGUGUUUAUCACUGUCAAUUCCCUCAUCAAUCCUUUUCUGUAUGCAUUUCGCCUGCCAAACUUUAAAAGCGCCGUGAAGCGCGUGCUGUGUGGUGCAAACCAGGUUGCCCCAUUACCCGCACCUCAUUCUGCGCCAGCGGUUGAAAGGAAGCCAGAACAGCAGAGAAGAGCCAAGCUGCAGCUACGGCGAUAUAAAACGUUUUUCGUUGGAGUUGGCGAUGCUGGAAUGGUCUUAGAAUGGCGUGGGACCUCUCAAUGCUGA